CCUUCGUUUUGGCCCCCCUCUUCUCCGCCCUUCUCCGCCGCAGAGCGCGAAGGGCCUUCUCCCCGAGAUCCUUCUCCUGCUCCUGUUGCCGUUUCGCUUCUGUCUCAUCGUUCGGUCUUCUCGGCGUCGAUCGAGACCGUAGCACCGCCCGCUCACAGAGAGUGAUUUGUCGAGGUAUGCAGUCGGAUCCGGCGGUCAUUAGCUUGAGACCUGGCGGCGGCGGCGGCGGCAACCGAGGCAGCAGACUUCUCGCCACCCGUUUCGAUACCGGUGCCUUAGGAGCUGCUGCCUCUCUGAGCUCGUCUGAUAUUUCCGCCCUCCGGCCCCAUGGCGGUGUGGGCCUCGCCUUGUCGCUCAAGACUGGGGAUUCAAGGUUUGAAAGCCGUGAGCGCAUUCGUUACACAAAGGACCAACUUUUACAAGUCCGUGAGCAUGCUGAGACUCCUGAAGAUAUUUUGAAAAUCAAGCAGGAGAUUGAGGCUGAUUUAUCCAUCGAGGAUCAGACAUGGGGCCACAGCGAGAAUAUUUUGCCAAGCCAAUCACAGAGCCAUUAUUACGAACAAGACAAUCGUGACUGGCGUGACCGAUCAGGGCAGUUGUCUUCAUUUAGAGAUGAGAAUCUCGACAACAAAGAAUCAAAUAUCUCGAGUUCAAGAGUUGAAAUAAACCAAUUAAACAGGCAGGAUCAACUGAACAGCCACUUCUCUUCAAAAGUCCAAGUUUCUUCUACCCAGGCAGGGAAGAACACUCUAAUCAAGGCUGAAGUACCAUGGUCUGUUCGAAGAGGCAAUCUUAGUGAGAAAGAGCGAGUCCUAAAAACUGUAAAAGGUAUAUUGAACAAGCUAACACCAGAGAAAUUUGAUAUUCUCAAGGGUCAGUUAAUUGAUGCUGGAAUUACGACACCUGAUAUCCUAAAGGAUGUCAUUACUCUCAUAUUUGAGAAAGCUGUUUUUGAACCAACGUUCUGCCCCAUGUAUGCACAACUCUGCUUUGAUCUCAAUGAAAAGCUACUUCCAUUUCCCCCUGAAGAAGUUGGUGGGAGGGAGAUUACCUUCAAGCGUAUAUUGUUGAAUAAUUGCCAGGAAGCAUUUGAAGGUGCUGACAAUCUGAGGGCUGAGAUAAGAAAGCUGAAUGAUCCUGACCAGGAAAUAGAAAGGAGGGAUAAGGAGAGAAUGGUGAAACUUCGUACUCUUGGUAACAUUCGCCUUAUUGGUGAACUGCUUAAGCAGAAGAUGGUCCCAGAAAAAAUUGUCCAUCAUAUUGUUCAGGAGCUGCUGGGGCAUGAUAGCAAAUCCUGUCCUGCUGAGGAGAAUGUUGAAGCAAUCUGCCAGUUGUUCAACACCAUUGGUAAGCAGUUGGAUGAGAGCCCCAAGUCUCGGCGUUUCAAUGAUGCCUAUUUCAAUCGCCUGAAAGAGCUGACAACCAAUCCCCAACUUGUGUCUCGUCUAAGAUUUAUGGUCCGUGAUGUGCUUGACAUGCGUGCCAACAACUGGGUCCCUCGCCGUGAAGAGGUAAAGGCCAAGAAGAUCACCGAAAUCCAUAGUGAGGCAGAAAAGAAUCUUGGGCUGCGUCCUGGGGCAACUGCAAGCCUCAGAAAUAGUCGCAAUGCUGGUAGUCUAGGGAGUGUCAGUCCUGGUGGUCUUCCAGUUAGUCGACCUGGAACAGGAGGAAUGAUGCCUGGGAUGCCUGGAGUGAGAAAAAUGCCUGGGAUGCCUGGUCUAGAUGGGGACAAUUGGGAAGUUCAACGGAGCAAGUCUAUGCCCAGGGGUGAUGCUAGAAGUAUGCAGGGUCCUCUGGCGGCCAAGUCAUCCUCCAUCAACCCUAAAUUAUUACCCCAAGGUAGUGGUGGCCGGAUAGCUGGUGUGACUAGUGCAUUGUUGCAGGGCAACGGUCCACUCUCUCGUCCUUCUGGUCUCGUCACUGCCGCAACAGGUUCUACAGCACAAAAGCUGCCCUUGAGGCCUGUUGGCCAAGUCCCGACUCCUUUGAUCCCAGAUAAGCCAGUGUUGACUUCAAAGUUUAAUCCUAAUGAGCUGCAUAAGAAAACAGUUGCUCUUCUGGAAGAGUAUUUUCACAUCCGCCUUCUAGAUGAAGCACUUCAAUGCAUAGCGGAACUCAAUAGCCCUGAAUACCACCCAGAGGUUGUCAAGGAAGCCAUAAAUAUGGCACUGGAGAAGGGUCCUUCAUGUGUGGAACUUGUUGUCAAGCUUUUGGAAUAUUUAAUAGUUGAGAAGAUUUUUGCUCCUAGGGAUUUGGGGACAGGUUGCUUGCUUUAUGCUGCAACUCUUGAUGACAUCGGCAUUGAUUUACCAAAAGCACCUAUCUUUUUUGGUGAAGUGGUUAGUAAACUGGUUCUUGCUGGUGGUGUUGAUUUCAAGGUGGUGGAGGAAAUUCUCAAGAAGGUUGAAGAUUCCAGGUUUCAGGCAACAAUAUUUGAUGUUGUGGUAAAAGUUGUUAAAGCAAGCCCAAAUGGUCAGACUGUAUUGAGUGGCCAGGAAGCCAUGGUUAGGGCUUGCGAGAAGCUGUUAUCCUGAAAUCUAGUUCUGAUGGCUGCCCGUUAAAGUUUCUUUCGAAAGGAGUUCCCAAGUUUUUUCCUGUUCCAUUUUCCUUCCUUUUAUUCAUCGUCAUCAUUUUGCCUGAGCUUCAUAAGUUCUAGCUGAGUAUCCGAGUAAAAGACAAUGAAGUUUUGCGAGGUGUAUAUCUCUGUGAGUUGACAUCAAUGUUCAUUAUUGACUCGAGAAGGAAAAAGAUGCCAUGAGAAAGGAGCCUUUAGCUGACAUUGGCUGCUAUAUUUCAUGAUGAUGUUUCUCUUGACUUUCUGCCUUAAUUUUUUUCAUAAUUAGUUCUAAGGUAGUUGAAUUCCUAUUUCUUUUUCA